AGGGGAGAAAGGAAGAGGAGGAACCCCACAGAAUGAAAGUAUUUUGCAGUAAUCCAAAAAGUAAACACGCGCCUCAUGUUUGGUGAUGGGGGGGGGGAGAGAAAACAGAAGGCUCCCUCCUGCCCGGCCGUGCGUCAUACCAUUGAGUGUGCGUCGCCCCCCUCUUCCCUUUAAAAUAGUUUUUAUCUGCCACGCCCACGCCAGAAUUCCCACUCAGCUGUUACUGUAAGACGCCUUUAGCCUCCCGCAUUGCAUUGAUCUCGCAGAUCCGUGCUGUCGGACGGCGCGGUGGGGGAAGUCGGGACUUGAGGCCACGCGUCGGGCUGAUCUCCGCUCGUCCGUCACUUUUUGGAGCAACUUGUUGCGCAGCUGCUAUUUGCUAACCUCCUCUCUGUGGGUGCUGCGGGUAGGCGCUCUCUUCUGCUCCAUCGGUGGUAUUUUUUUUUUUUUUUUUCUGUUUUAGAAAGGAGACACAUGGAUGAAGUCGAGGGGGGUGCUUUCUCCCGCCGACCUGCUCGCACGGGUUUUCACGGAGUCCCGCAGCCCGCGGUGAAUUUCCGAGCGUCUCUAAUAUGAUCUCAGAGACAGGGGAUGCGGACCGUCAGCCGUCUAGACUGGAGCCACAGCCUCUUCUACCUGACUCUGCUCCUGUGGACCAGACGUGUGAGUGGACUGGCUGAUUUCUCAAACUAUCUGUCCAGGAUCAUCACCAGUCACUCCGUUCGGGCGUGCGACGGGCACCCUCUGCGGCUCCACUGUCCGCGUCACUCCACCAUCUCCAUCCAGUCGGCCUUCUACGGGACGGGCGAGGCGACGCUGUGCGGGGCGGACCCUCCGCUCAGAGCCCACAACAACCACAGCUGCUCAGCUUUUACUGCCCUACAGAAGCUCCUGUCAGAGUGUCAGAGCUACAGAGACUGCCAGCUGCCUGUCAACCACCUGCUGUUCGGGAAGGACCCCUGCCCCGGCACCACCAAAUACCUCCACGUGGACUACAAGUGUAAACCAACUGAACACAAAAGACAUGUGGUGUGCGAUGGGGGGAUGAUGAUCCUGCGCUGCAAGCCCCCCAGGGUCCUGAACAUCUACGCAGCUGUCUAUGGUAGAAGCCUGGGCGAGAGUGGCACCUGCCCCUCGCACCUGACCAGACCACCCCCGUUCGAGUGUCUGAACCACGAGGCUGUGCACCUCGUGUCCAAGUCCUGCUACGGCAAACAGAAGUGCGCCGUUGCUGUCGGCAACCAGACCUUUAGGGACCCCUGCUUUCCAGGAACCAGGAAGUACCUCAGCGUGGUCUAUUCUUGUGUACCGCAGGCUUUAUUGAAAGAGGCAGACCCUCGCAUAUUCAGCUCCACCCCAUCUCCCACUGUGGACACAGAAAAAGAUGUGGAGGAGCCUCUCUCCAAAGGGUCCAAACGGCCGGUCAACUCAGGAGCCAUGAUGAGCAACUCUCUGCUGACCUACGCCUACAUCAGAGAGCACCCGGAGAUGGCGGCGCUGCUGUUCACCUCCAGCGUGUGCGUCGGCCUCCUGCUCACGCUGCUGGCCGUCUCGGUCCGGGUGACCUGCAGGUGGAGCCGGGUCAGCCGAGGCGACGGACGCGCACCCAAGUCACGCAGCCAGACUGUGAACCACCACCACCACCACCACCAACACCAGCAGGAGGAGGAGGAGGAGGAGGAGGAGGAGGAUGACGAGGAUGAAGAUGAUGGAGAGGAAACAGAAAGCUCUUUGAUCUCGGCAACAGAAAGGAAGGCGAUACAGGACUGGGAGGAAGUGACUUAUGUGAGCGAGGCCGCCGAGCGGGCGGAGAGGAUCGAGCGCAGAGAGAUGAUCAUCCAGGAGAUAUGGAUGAACGCCUAUCUGAACGGCAGCUCGUGUUAACAAAACUGGGACCUUAAGGAGCGUGUCCAGGAUUCUCAACAGCUGUUCCCAGCCUUGAAUUAUUCACAAAGCAAGAUGUUAUUGUUUUUUUUGUUUUUUUUACAUUUUAAAGCAGUUUAUUGUGUGUUUUGACAUUUUUAAGGAGCACUCAGUUUAUGAAGAAUGUCAUUUUAUUGGGUUAUACUGCAAUACUAGCCAGUUUUUAGGGGAUCAGCAGGGUUCAAAUGUGUAAAAUGGGCGGUCUUGUACAUUUUCUGUAAUUGUUUAAAUGUAUUUAUGCACAUUCUUCACCAAAUGAAGCUAGGGUUUCAGGUUGAAAUUCUGUUUACUGCCAUAAAAAAAAAAGGUAAAAUCUUUUUUUAACAGAAGUCACAUAGAUGCCACAUUGAUUCACAUCGAGUCAAUUGUUUUUAUGUCGCUCGAUACCAUUCAUUUGCCUCACAGGAUUUACAAUCCAUAUAUUAUACAAGACCCUUUAUCCUCAGACCGUUUGUUUUUGAUGAGGGAAACACCUGGAAGAAAAAACUUUGUCUGGGAAAAAUUGAAGAAACUGCAUCCCAGAAGAUCUCUCUUCCGGGAUGGACAGACAUGACUUGUGAGUCCCAAAUAAACCAACGACUAACUGAAAGUUAAGAAGAGUUGAGACAUCUAAGAUCAAGUCUAACCCAACCAAGUUCUUGACCUAGAAAAA